GUUGAUUGGAUCAGUGAGCUAUAGAUCAAAUUUUGUAUGGGAUUAUGCAGUUUUUUUAAAUCAGAUGCUUGAGUUUAGAUCCAAAUAACUGGAAUUGUGACUGUUUCUGCAUUCACUAUGGGACUCCAGGUGCCACCCACUGAAACAAUGAAAGAAGAAAUUGCUGCCACAGUAGUUUUCAUCACCCGACUAGUAAAGAGAAAUGAGAAAUUCAGCAAGCAGAAAAUAGAGAAAUUUGGGAACAAACUGACCAAGAUAUUGUUUGAAAAAUACAAAGAUCACUGGUACUGGACAAAUCCACCCAAAGGACAAGCCUACAGGUGCAUCAGGGUGAACAGGAAUCAGCCUCGGGAUCCUAUCCUUUUUCAGGCCUGUGUAGAAAGCAAUAUUGAAUAUUCGUCUCUGGAGCUGCCUCAAGAACUCACCAUCUGGGUGGACCCAUAUGAAGUGUGGUGCAGGUGUGGAGAGAAGAACCAGCCAUUCAUUGUAACAAAACUGGAGGAAAAGAGCACAGAUGUGAAAAUCUCCAAGCACAUCAGCCAUGCUACGGAGCGUGUUACCUCUGAGGAUGUGCUAGAGAAAUACUCAGAUGAGGAAGGCUACAAUGAGGAGCAGAAUGCACUCUGUACUGUGAGCAACGCCUAUGGGGAAGCAGAAGGCUUCAGUGAAGUUGGAGAUAUGACCAUACCAAUUGUGAGCAACCCAAACAGUAUUUACCAGGUGGAAGACUACAAUGGAGUAAGAUAUCAUGGUGAAAUACCCCAGACCAUCCCCACUGUGAUUAAUCCAAACAGCAUCUACCAGUACAACUACUACACAUAUCCUGCAGCUGGCUGGCCUAGAUUUGUUCCCAGAAAAUCAUAUGUAGAAGAUUGUAAUGGCUACUACGCUCCCCAGAAAAUCUACAAAAUGUACAGAGUUUCGAAUAUGUUCACUGUUCCCUAUGUUGAUCGGUAUCAUUGGGUGAAUACCAAGCGCUGAUCUCUCCUUAUCCUCUCCUCUCCUCUGUCUGUCUGUCUUAUUGUUAAGUUAACUUUCUGGCAAUAUAGGUGAUUCUGAGUAGUCUAGUGUUCUGACAUACUAAGGGAGAUGGAUUUAAAAUGUUUCAUCAUUAAUCUCAACUACGUAUUUACAUGCUUUCUUAACUUUGGACAAAUUUUAUUAUAUAUAUGAUAAAAAUUCUUACUACAGAUGUCUAUAUAAUAGGUGAGUGUUUAACUUGCCAACUAAGCAGUUUUAAGGCUCAAAUGGAAAUGUUUGAAAAUGUUUAUUGAAUAAAAAGCCAUUCUUUUAAACUUGGAGCAAUGCUUUCUAACUUGUG